CGGUUCUGUCGAGCACUUUCUCGUCCUCCACAGCUCCAGAUCAUGUCUUCCUGCUCCUUCACUCGGUCUCAAAAUAACACCGCAAGAAGACUGCCACCAAGCACGACCGCCGCAGCCAGCAUGGGCCAAGCCUCGUCCUCCUCCUCUGUCCUCAUCUACCCCUUCAACGCGCAGUCCCAGCAGCAGCAGAACAUCCCCUUCAGCGAAUGGAUCACGCUCUUCACCGUCUCGCUCGCGCCCCUGAUCGCACACAUCGCGGCGGGAACACCGCACCCCUCGAUCCUCUCGUCCCAGUAUUGCCAGCGGCCCAGCUGGCACGACUCAAUGUGUCUGUACAACCCGACGUCGAUCCUCUGGCGGUACGCGGCCAUCGCGGACCGGCGCAUCCGCGCGCGGGACUGGGGCGUCGCGGACAUGGCGGCCAGCAACGCGCUGUUCUGGACGGGGACGCCGGUACGGUGUGCGAAUGAUGCCGAUGAGGCGGGCAUGGCGUACGGACAUGUGGACCACGUAACGCCAGGACGAAAGGAGCCGAGUCGGAGACGACAAAGCACCACCACCGUCGGGGGCUGGAACGGCACCGAGGCCAUGAUCACCGCGAGCAUCCCGUACUGCACCGCCCUGCCCCUCCACGCGCACGCGGAGCUGCUGUCCUGGGAGACGGUCAAGACGGCCAUCAUCACGUUGCAGGGCGUGCAGGCGCUGUACGUGCUGGCGGGCGGGCUGGGCAGGAACGUCGAGGGCACGAACACGGGCCUGCAGGACGCAGUCGACAACGCGUUCUUCCCGUUCACGCUAAUCGGGCUGUUCCGGUUGACGGCGGCGUACUGGCUGACGAGCAGCGGGUUCGGCUAUGCUGCGCGGGACGAGGUCUGGAUGGAGCUUGCGGCGAGCAGGGUCGCGCGUGGCAGUCGAGAGCAGGUAGCUCUGGCCGGGGAGUACUGUGGCGAGCCCAGAUCCUACGCCGGGUCUGAUGGGAUGCGGAGGGGGUAUACGUACUCGGGGCUGACCGGCCCUCUCCACGACGAAGAGAAGUACGACUCCCCGGACACAACUGGAAGACAGCAACAGACACCCCCCGAUCACGAUCCGCUCAGCCCAGGCCCAACAGCACCCAGCCGCUUCCGCCCGACCUCCUACAUCCCCAGCAUACUCUUCCGCACCACCUACCUCCUCUUCAUGCUCGCCGUUUGGGCCCUCGCCCUACUCAAAGGCACGCCCUUAGUCGGCAACACCUUUCGCCGCUCCGUCAGCACCCUCCUCAGCGGAUCGUUCUACAUCUUCUUCAUGACCGUCUCGUGCGGCGUGUAUGUGUACUACUCCCUCAUCCCUGCGCGGCACACGGGCCUCGGCGGAAGCGGAGACGGCGCGGGGAUCCGGUCCACGGUGAUCCCGUGCAUGGGCAGGUUGUGGUACAAGUGCUACACUGUUGUGGUAUUCGCGUGGAUGGCGGCCAUGUUUGUCGUCGCGUGCUGCGAGACGGUGAGGAUGCCGUGCGGGCGGUAUACGAGUCUGGGAAAAGAAUUUUGGGUGGGGCGGACAAACUGUGGAAUGCGGUGAUCCGAAUGUAAGUUUAUCUACUUACAAAAAGUUGAGUAAGAGCGGAAGCCAAGAUUCAUGAAGAAACUCGAGAAAGUGAUUCCUC